AUGACUACCGCGUCAUUGUUCGACAUGGCCCAGGGUCGUCGCGACCUGGCCUCGCUGCCGACAGACUGGCAAAACAAUAUCAGAGAAGCUUGGGAGGUAGUCGACCAACAAGGCCUCGGUUCACUUAACGCGCGUGAAUGGCCUUUUGCCCUUCGCGCCAUCGGCUUCGACCUGCCGCGGACAGAAACUUACGCCCUACUGGUCGCCCACGGCGUCCCUCCCCACGACCACGACCCGGCGAGGGGCCCCUGUAGUCCAUCACGCCUGCGCAUGCCGCAGGAGCACUUUUCCGCCAUCGCCGCGUGGCUGCUCAUGCGCCGUGACCCGCAAGAAGAAGCCGAGGACGCGUGGAAGAUGUUCGACCCGCGCGGAACGGGGCGGAUCACUCUCGAGUCAUUGCGCGCCGUCUGCUCCGAGGUCAACAGCACACUCAGUGAGGCAGACAUGCGCCGCAUGAUCGACAUGGCCGACAUCUCUGGCAAGGGGUGGGUUAGCAAGGAAGAGUUCAUAGAGGUUGCCAAGGGUGGCUUCAGUCGAGGUUGA